AUGAAGUGCCAAAUAGAUGCCACAACUUGCCCCAGAAGUGAUCCUUCUCAUCUCCUUCAUGAAUGGUAUAAGCCAGGAAACCUCCUCAUUGGUGGGAUCACAGCUCAGGUUAUAUAUGUGCUUGAGGAACAUUCCUUUAAGGAACAUCCUUCACAGAAGUCAUUUAUGCCCCCUCUAGCCAUUUUAAAAUUGUUUCAGCAUUCCUUGAAUUUGGCAUUUGCUGUGGAACAAAUCAACUCAAACACAAGACUCUUGUCUAACGUUACUCUGGGAUUUUUCAUCUCUGACAACUAUUUUGAUGCCCGGCUGACUUACCGUUCCACUUUGGAACUGCUCUUCCGAUCCGAUCGGUUGGUUGUCAACUACAGGUGUGAUACCAAGGAGAAUCCCAUUGUGGCCAUUAUUGGAGGAUUUGGUGCUGAUAUCUCAUUCUUCAUGUCAGAUAUCAUAAGUCUUUAUAAAGUCCCUCAGCUCGCCUAUGGCUCUUUUGCUCCAAAGAAGCAUGGGACAAAGAUGGCUGCUUCCUUUUACCGCAUGGCUCCCAAUGAAAGCCUUCAGAUUGUGGGGAUUAUCCAUUUGCUGAAGCACUUUGGAUGGACAUGGAUUGGUCUUUUAAUUAUGGAUGAUGACAGCGGAGACAAUUUCCUCCAAGCCCUGGACCCACUUCUUUUUGAGAACAGGAUCUGUUCUGCCUUUGUGGAGAGAAUACCCAAACAAGUAUAUUUUUCUAUGUUUCAAAAUGUUAUAGUGUAUAAGGUAUGUCAUUAUUUGUCCCAUACCGAUAUCAAUACAUUCAUCUUCUAUGGGGACAGCACCACCCUGAUGUUUUUGUUAUUGUUCCUUAAAUAUUACGACAGUUGGAAAGGAGUGGGAAAAAUAUGGAUUUUGACAGCUCAAAUGGAUUUAAUGUUAACAAGCUUUCAUCGACCCUCAGAUCUGCAAUUGUUUGAUGGAGCAAUUUCCUUUGAUAUUCAUUCCAAUCAACUGCCAGGAUUCAAUGAAUUCCUUGGGGCCAUCAAACCAUUCCAGACCCAACGAGAUAGCUUGCUGAAAGAAUUCUGGGAGCAAGCCUUUGAUUGUUUGUUUUCAGAGAGCAAUAAACAGGCGGAAAAUGGUGAAGCAUGUACUGGGAGGGAAAAUCUAAAAAAACUUCCUGCAAAUUUAUUUGAAAUGACCGGCCACAGCUACAGUAUCUACAAUGCAGCGUGUGCUGUAGCACACACGGUUCUUCGCAUGAACUUACUUGGGUCUAAAUACAAAAGAGUAACAGAGAGUAGAAGCGUUGAACUUGAAGAUCCACAGACAUGGAAGGUAGUGAAAUAUACAAGUCCUGUGGAAACUGACUUCUUCACUUCUGUAGAGUGGUUGAAGCUAACAGGAGACAUGAUGACAGUCUACCAGAAGUUGAAGGACUGUCACCCCAAAGAGAUUGUGGGUUUAUAUCUCAGUGAACCACAAUUUCACUCCUUUCUCCAAGGCCUUUCAUUCAAUAAUUCACUUGGAGAAACUGUGUCCAUCAGCCAUCAAGGAGAAGUGCUUUCUGGAUUUGACAUUACAAAUGUGGUCAUGUUUCCAAACAAUUCCUACCAUAAAGUGAAAAUUGGAAGGGUGGGUACCACAGCACUUGACAGAAACAAAUUUGUGAUUCAUGAAGAUUUAAUUGUGUGGCCCAAAUAUUUUAAGCAGGUCUUGCCCCGUUCAGUGUGUAAUAACCCCUGUCCUGCUGGCUAUCAGAAGAAAAAGAAAGAAGGCGAGACAUUUUGCUGCUAUGAUUGUGAUCCAUGUUCCGAUGGGAAGAUGUCUAACAUGUCAGAUAUGAUUGCUUGUUCUGAAUGUCCAGAAGAUCAAUAUUCAAGUAAGGAUAAAGUUCAAUGCAUCCCCAAAAUCAUAACUUUUCUAACCUUUGAUGAACCUUUAGGGAUCACUUUAGUGAUAGUUGCUUUUUUAUUUUCAGUCAUUACCAUGCUCAUACUUGGAAUAUUUAUUAAGUAUAAGGACACCCCUAUUGUUAAAGCUAACAACAAGGACCUCACCUACACUCUCCUCAUCUCCCUUCUACUUUGCUUCCUCUGUUCUUUUCUCUUCCUUGGAAAACCUUUCAAACUGAUUUGCUUCAUCAGACAAUCUGUGUUUGGCAUUAUCUUCUCUGUUGCCAUUUCUUCUAUAUUGGCCAAAACGAUCAUGGUCAUUGGAGCAUUCAUGGCUACCAAACCAGGGUCUGGCAAGAGAAAAUGGUUGGGGAAAAGACUGUCCAUCUUAAUUAUUUUUUCUGGCUCCUUCAUUCAAGCAGGCAUUUGUCUGGCAUGGAUGAUCACCUCUCCCCCAUUUCCAGAACUUAAUAUGAAAUCAAUGACUAAAGAGAUCAUAGCAGAAUGUAAUGAAGGAUCUGUUGUGAUGUUUUACCUUGUCUUGAGCUAUAUGGGAUUUCUGUCUCUGGUCAGCUUCCUGGUGGCUUUCUUAGCUAGAAACCUGCCAGACACAUUCAACGAAGCCAAGUUCAUCACUUUUAGCAUGCUGAUGUUUUGUAGUGUUUGGUUAACUUUUGUUCCAACCUAUGUGAGCACCAAAGGAAAGUAUAUGGUAGCUGUGGAGAUCUUCUCCAUCGUAGCUUCUAGUGCUGGAUUAUUGGCAUGUAUCUUUUUCCCCAAAUGCUACAUUAUUUUGUUGAGGCCUGACCUUAACAGCAAAGAGCAACUUGUAAAGAAGAAGCAUUUCUGACUAAUUGUGGGUAUAUGUAUUUCUAUUGUGAAAUGGAAUUAGUAAUCCUUUUCUAAGAAUAAAAACUAUGCUUGUUUAUUAGCCAUGGCAAUUUUACUGAUAUUUAAUUUGUAUAACUCUAUA